AUGGUCGCUUGGUCAAACCUCAGCGUGGGACCGCCCAGUCCCAAAACCAAACUCACCCUCCAGCGUCUCGGACAGCUGGCCAGCAUCCUCCGCCUCCUCAUCCUCCUCAAGUUCCUCGUGAAGGCAUCCCGCCACGUAUAUGCCUACGGUAUCCUCGGUACCGCUGAGCAGGGAUACAUCGCCCUCAAGAACUUUGUUGUCCGUCUCGCUCUCAGUCUUCCCUCGUCGCAGAGGCAGAUCAAGGAGCAGCUCGGCGAAGUCCGCAAGCAGCUCGUUCAGAAGCUUGCUCCCCGAGAAUUCCCCGAGGGUGUCGAUCUCACCAUCUGCCGCGAGCUCCCGGCUAAUGGUCGCGACAUCGAAUGGCUCCGGAAGGAGUGGACCAACAUGGACAAGCUUAACCGCGGAGAUGUCGAGAAGGGACGCGUCUCGGGCGCUGUUUACCACGGUGGCGAGGAUCUCAACACCGUGAUCAGUGAGGCCAUGGCGCACUAUGUCGUCUCCAAUCCCCUCCACCCGGAUGUUUUCCCUGGCGUCCGGAAGAUGGAGGCUGAGAUGGUCGAGAUGGUCCUCGGCCUCUUCCACGGCAAGGACGGUGCAGGCACCACGACUGCCGGUGGAACCGAGUCCAUCCUCAUGUCGUGCAAGACGCAUCGCGACUGGGCUCGUGCCGUCAAGGGUAUCAAGGAGCCGGAGAUGGUCAUCCCCGAGACCGCACACGCUGCAUUCUGGAAGGCAUCGCAGUACUUCAAGAUUAAGCUGCAUGUCGUGCCUGUCAACCCGACGACGCGCCAGGCUGAUGUCAAGCGCAUGAAGCGCUUCAUCAACCCGAACACUAUCAUGAUUGUCGGAUCGGCGCCCAACUUCCCCGACGGUGCGAUCGACCCCAUUCCUGAGCUCUCUGCGCUCGCCCAGCGUUACAAGAUCGGUCUCCACGUUGACUGCUGUCUCGGCUCCUUCAUUGUUGCUUUCUCCAAGGAGGCCGGCUACGGGGACAAGAUCCCCAAGUUUGACUUUGAGCUCCCGGGUGUUACCGCCAUCUCGUGCGACACCCACAAGUAUGCCUUCUGUCCCAAGGGUACAUCCGUUAUCAUGUACCGGUCCAGGGAGCUUCGUCGCUACCAGUACUACUCCAUGACCGACUGGGUGGGUGGAGUUUACGCGUCGCCAUCCAUGGCUGGUUCCCGUCCGGGCUCCGUUAUCGCCGGAGCUUGGGCUGUGCUGAACCACGUCGGACGAGAGGGCUACCUGGAGUCCGCUAAGCAGAUCAUUGGGGCCGCUCGCCACUUCAAGGACGAGAUCAGGAGACGCUUCCCGCUCGACUUUGAGAUCAUGGGCGACCCCCAGCUGUCGGUUGUCGCGAUCAAGUCGGACACUGUCAACAUCUAUAGCAUUGGCGACCGCAUGGGCAAGCGCGGCUGGCACCUUAACGCCCUCUCGCGGCCUGCUGGUCUGCACAUGGCCUUCACGCGUCUGUCGGCCAUGAGCGUUGACAAGCUGCUGGACGACCUGGCUGAGUGCUUGAAGGAGGAGAAGGAGAACCCGGGUAAGGACAGCGGCGACCUUGUUGCCCUGUACGGCAUUGGCCAGACGAGCGUGGGGCCUGCUAUUGUGGACGAAUUCGCAAAGACAUUCCUUGACGUCCUGUACGAAUAA